GGCUGAAAAUACCUAUCAUCUGAUACUAACAGAAAAUCGCCGUUCUUAGCCUUUAAAAAUUAAUUUCGGUUCUUAUUUCUUCGAAAUUCCAAUUUAUCUUCUUCGUAUUUCCGCCAUGAGUUACAAUAUUGAGAAAAAGUCCAUUCCCGGCUAUAUGAUGUACGUCAAUGGCGGUCUGGCCGGAAUGAUGGGCACUUGCAUUGUGCAACCAUUGGAUUUGGUGAAGACCAGGAUGCAACUCUCAGCCUCCACCGGCGAGUUCAAGAGCUCGUUGGAUUGCAUACUAAAGACCUUAAAAAAGGAGGGUAUUCUCGCCUUUUACAAUGGACUGAGUGCGGGAUUAAUGCGACAAGCCACAUAUACAACAGCUCGUAUGGGAUUCUACCAGAUGGAGAAUGAGGCGUAUCGCAAGCAGUUCAAUGGUGCUCCAACCGUUUUUGCCAGCAUGGGCAUGGGCAUAUUGGCCGGUGCUUUUGGAGCCAUGUUUGGAAAUCCAGCGGAAGUGGCCUUAAUCAGGAUGAUGUCCGAUAACCGAUUGCCGCCGGAGGAGAGGCGUAACUAUAAGAAUGUGGGCCACGCCUUCGCAAGGAUUGUCAAGGAUGAGGGCGUUGCGGCGCUCUGGAGAGGAUGUAUGCCCACUGUGGGUCGCGCCAUGAUCGUGAAUAUGGUUCAACUGGCCUCGUAUUCCCAGCUUAAGAACGCCUUUUCCCAAUACUUCUCGGGACUCUCCCUUCACAUCUCGGCCGCCAUGAUGUCUGGGCUAUUGACCACCAUUGCCUCCAUGCCGCUAGACAUGGCCAAAACACGUAUCCAGCAGCAGAAAUCUGGCGAAUACAAGGGCACUAUGGAUGUCCUGAUGAAGGUCUCCAAGAACGAGGGCAUCCCCGCCCUGUGGAAGGGCUUUACACCCUACCUUUGUCGAAUUGGGCCGCAUACUGUGUUUGCGUUUAUAUUUCUGGAACAACUCACCAAGGCCUACAAACGAUUUGUGCUCGGUGACAAUUCCGAAUCCACUAUCUAAGUCUAAAAUUAGCAGUACAACUUAAUGGAAAUUGCAUUACAAAUUUACAGAAUACCCAAACCCAAAAAAAUAAUGUAACAUUUGUUUUAGUUGCCAAAACCGUUUUAUGACCUAUGAAAAUUCGGAUUUUAUUGAAAUGUUGUUUUAUGGAGAAAUUUGGUUUUCAAUUUUAUGCAGAGGGCUUUCUCUUUUCCUUUA